AUGCAGCGGAUACUGCUCGUCGCCGCGCUCUGCGCCACUGCUACCGGGCAAUAUGUCCAAGCUCCGCAAGGAGGAGGCUACGGUGGUGGAUACGGUGGCCAGUCCGGAUACUCUCAGGCCCAGCCCGUCCAGGCGCCAAUGGGUGGUAACGCCUUGAGCUACGCUCAAGCUCCCCAACAGUCCUAUGGACAGCAGCAGUCGUACGGACAGCAGCAGCAGGGUGGAUAUGCCCAGCAGCAGCAGCAGCCCGCCUACCAGCCCCAGCAGCAGACCUACCAGCAGCCCCAACAGCAGGUGUACCAGCCCCAACAGCCUGCCUACCAACCCCAGCAGCAGAGCUACCAGCCUCAGCAGCCCGCCUACCAGCCCCAGCAACAGACAUACGCUCAGCCCCAGCAGCAGACCUACCAACCCCAGCAGCCAGCUUACCAGCCCCAACAACAGGUCUACCAGCCCCAGCAGCAGAGCUACCAGCAGCCUUCGGGAGGCCAGAACUCCUACGGAGACGAGCCCUCCACCGCUGCCCCGGCUACCGGAGGAUACAGGAAGAAGGUUUUCAGGAAGCGCGUCGUGAAGAAGGUCGCCCGCAAGGUCCGCGCCAUGGGAGCCGCCACCGUCCUAGCCAAGUCUCGCCACGAAGGCCGCCUC